ACCCACAACCAUGUGAUGAUCACAGCCUUAGCAUGCCAUGGCCGCGUGUCGCUCCGGUUUGCGCUUUAGGAGUCUCUCAUGGGGAGUGCAGCGCAUGCGGCCAUGGCUGCUGCAGCACAGGAUGUUGCGGCACCUUAUGGCAGAGCCAGAGCUGCUGGAGAUUGCGAAGCACCGCUGCUUCAAGGGCACGCUGUACCGCUUCGAGCACAUCAGCCCGGUGCUGGGUGACUGCACCAUGAAACUCUCCGCCUUUGUGCCGAGCGGCCAGGGCAAAUUCCCAGGAGUGAUCUGGCUCAGCGGCCUCACCUGCACCGACGAGAGUUUGGCCCAGCGCUCCGCGGCGCUGCAGUUUGCGGAGGAGCUGAAGUUGAUCCUGAUCAUGCCAGACACUUCGCCGCGCGGGGAGGGAGUGCCAGAUGAGGAUCCCAAGACCUACGACGUGGGUGUUGGAGCGAGCUUCUACGUGAAUGCCACCACAGAGAAAUACAGGUCUCACUACAAGAUGCUGGACUACAUCACCUCCGAGCUGCCGAAGCUGACGGCCUCCAAGCUGCCGCUGCUGCCCCGCCUAGGCAUCAUGGGCCACUCCAUGGGCGGCCACGGGGCCUUGGUGGCUGCGCUGCGAAAUCCUGGAGAGUACCGAUCAGUUUCGGCUUUCUCUCCGAUUGUGCAUCCUUCGGAGUCGCCUUGGGGACAGAAGGCCUUCAGCCUUUACCUGGGCGAUGACGUGGAGGCCUGGGCUCAGUACGACACCUUGGAGCUCUUGCGGCGCUACAGCGGUCCCCCGCUGCGGUUCCUGGUGGACCAAGGUUUGACCGAUCCGUUCCUGGCAGAGCAGCUGAAGCCGGGGCUGCUGAAAGCCCUCUGCGACGAGAGAGGCCAUGCGCUGAUGCUGCGCAUGCAGCAGGACUACGACCACUCUUACUACUUUAUCUCCAGCUUCAUUGAGGACCACCUCAAGUACCAUGCGUCCUUCCUCACGGGUGUUCUACGAUGGUGUCCUGAUCCUGAUCACCCGUUGGCACCUUCUGUUUACUCGGUAGAUCCGAGGCAGGAUGAGCCUGUCGAGGGCGAGGCCGAAGCAGAGCGGGAGGAUGAGGAAGGAGGCGAGGCAAGUGAUGCCAAGGCCGACACCGAGCCCACGGAGCCGGUGCAUAUUGUGGACAGCAGAGCCAAGGAUAUUGAGUGCCAGGCUGCUGUUGCCAUGGCUGAUGAGAGUCUCCCGCUGCUUCUGAGGAUCAAGGUGGCGCCCCCGGCGGCCGGGGAGCUGCGCCUGCGGCUGGUGGCGGCUUCGGUGUGCGGAGCGGACCUGGCCGUGCAGGACGAGCCUCGCAUCCUUGGACUCGAAGCAGCUGCCGUGGUGGAGGAUGUAGGUGAGGGUGUGGAAGAUUUCGCGGUGGGCGACCAUGUGAUUCCUUGCUACCACGUGAAUUGCGGGAAGUGCGAGUCCUGCAGAAGAAGGGACACCAACUUCUGCGAGUCCAUGCAUCGUACAGGUCGGGUUAUGGCCGACGGCACAACUCGGUUCUCCUACGGCAGCACGGAGGUUUUCCAUUUUCACGGCAUCAGUGCCUUCUCUGAAUACACGGUGGUGCACGCAGACUCUGUGGCAAAGGUCCGCAAGGAUGCGCCGCUGGAGAAGAUUUGCCUCUUGGGCGGCGGAGUGGCGGCGGCCAUGGGCACUGUCUGGUCCGCCUCCGUCUCCGGCGCCUCCGCCGUGGUCUUCGGCCUAAACGCCGAGGGCCUCGCAGCGCUCAGGGCGCUGCAAAAGGCCGGCGCGCGGCAGAUCAUUGCGGUGGAUCGGGAUCCUUCAAGGCUCGAACUUGCCAAGAAGUGGGGUGCCACCGACCUCCUCAUUCCAGAGGACGGCAUCAAGGAUGAGAUCCUCAGGCUUACGGGAGUCGGCGCAGAUGUCGCCUUCGACUGCGGCGGAGCCGACGGAGCCGCCUGCUCCUCCGUGGUCGCCGACUGGGGCCGGUGCCUGGCGGUUGGCAGCGCGGAAGGCGCCAAGCCGAGGUGGCGCUCUGCCCCCUUUGGCGGCUGGAGGCCCAAGCUGCAAAUCCCGCUGCUGGUGGACCUCUACAUGGCCGGGGACCUGCCUCUGGAUGACUACAUCACGAGCGAAGAGCCCUUUGCAGAGAUCAACCAAGUUUUAAACAGUUUCGAGGAACCGGGACACAUCAGAAAGGUCCUUCGUUUCUAGUCCGCUUAGCUUUCAAUACCGAGGACGCAG